AUGGACAGAGUGUGCGCUGCUGCAGUUUGCACGGCUUUUUCUGUGGCUUAUUCCGGGUACUUCUUCACCCACCUGGCACGUCACAUCGCCCGUGCCUGGAGAGAAUCCGCUCCUUGGAGCCCAAAACCAACCUCUGAGCUUCCUCUGGCUGCCUGUGUUGCUGAAGAAGAGGCCAAAGGGGAGGAAGAUGCCCACCAAGCUGCAGAUGCUGCCACUGCAGGGCCUGAGCACCCAGCAUCAAGCUCCAGCGCCUCUGUCGUGGCACCUGCACGAGCUGCAGCUGCAGGCUCUGAAGAAGCCGCCAGUCCCCAAGCUGGGAGCUCCAGCACGAGCAGCUCGUGCACCUGGAGCACAAGCAGUUCCUCUGGCGGCACAGAGCAGCUGCGAGAGAGGACAGAGGACGAGUGGCUGGCCAUGCUGAGGAUGCUGGUGAGCAAAGAAGAUCCAGAGGCGAAAUAUACAGAUCUGGAAAUCAUUGGCAAAGGGGGUUUCGGCACUGUGUGCACGGCGGUGGAGACUGCCACAGGAGAAGAGGUGGCCAUUAAGAAAAUUAGUCUCCUGCAAGAGAGCAGCAAGGAGCUAUGCGUGAAGGAAAUCCAGGUCAUGCGGGACAAUAAGGACGGCAACCUGGUGAACUAUAUAGACAGCUACCUGGUGCACGAGGAACUCUGGCUCGUGAUGGAAUACAUGGACGGAGGUUCCUUACACGAUGUCAUCAGGGAGACCAGGAUGGCAGAAGGAGAGAUUGCAGUCGUCUCUCGGGAGUGCCUGCAAGGCCUGGAUUUCCUUCACUCCAAGCAAGUGAUCCACCGAGACAUCAAAAGCCACAACAUUCUCCUGAGCUUGGAUGGAUCUGUCAAGUUGGCUGAUUUUGGACUCGCUGCUCAGCUCACGGCUGAGCAGAGCAAACGGAGAUCAGCUGUCGGCACUACUUACUGGAUGGCGCCAGAGAUUUUCACCAGGAAGCCCUAUGGCCCCAAAGUGGACAUCUGGUCCUUUGGCAUCGUGGGCAUCGAGAUGGUGGAAGGAGCGCCUCCUUACCUGAUGAAAACCUCCCGCACGGUUGGACAGCUGAUCAGCACCGGGGGCACCCCGAAGCUGCAGAACCCCAGGCAGCAGUCCCCUUGGCUGCGAGACUUUCUGCGCUGCUGCCUGCAGACAGACGAGGACAGGCGCUGGUGUGCCCAGGAACUUCUGCAGCAUCCGUUUGUAACCUCAGCCAAGCCGACCUCCAGCCUGACGCCUCUGAUCAUGGCAGCACAGCAGUUAUGGCUGACAGCAGAUACUAGCCCUGGAAGAGGCCAUUGUUGUUUGCUGUAG